ACGGUAACUCGUUUUGUUAAACUAGCAUAUUAAACACAACAAAGGCGAGCUGAGCGUGUGUGUGUGUGUGAGUGCGGUCAUGAUAGCUAGGCAUGCUGCAUGAUGUCCUGUGUCUUUGUCCUUGUGAGGACCAGUUUCAACCAGAAGUGGUUUUACGGCGCAUGAUGCUAAUUGCUCACAGAGGUGACAUGAUGUAAAACUGCCGGGUCAGCUUGAGCUGUUCGCAGCUGGCUGGUGAGGUUUUUCAUUUUUACUUUGUAGCUUUGUCGACAGGUUUAAUAAUCUGCAGGCGCUGAAAAGCGUCCGUUGAAGAGAAGGAGUUUGGGAAGCACGCAGCUAGCUUAACGCUCACAAUGAUGCUCCAGGACGGAUCCACUCAGCUCCUCUGCCUCACAGCCAGUAGCGGGGUUCCUCUUUUCACGAGGGGAGCUUCCAGACAGCUGCCUUUCUCUGUCAUUGGCUCCCUGAAUGGCGUUCACAUGUUCGGCGGUGGACAGGGUGUGGUGCUGUCCUGUUGUGAGACUGAAGGCGGGGGAAAGGUGGUGUGGCGGGUUUUUCAGGAAAGUGUUAUGCUCAUCGCUGUGAGUGGAGGUGGACCGGGCGGUGCAGGUAGCAGCAGCAAAGAGGAAGAGGCUCGUUUGCAGCGCCUCCUGGAGAAUGUGUGGAACUGCAUGGUGCUGGUGUUGGGGCAGGAUGAGCUGGCCAACAUGAGGAAUGUGGAGAGGAUAAAGAGAGACCUGCGCUCCUGCUUCAGCCUCAUUGAUCAGCUGUUGGAGGAGAGGCAUGAAGGUUUCCUGGGUAACCUGACCCACUGUGCUGAUUCACUUCUUCCCCCCAACCCCACUCUUGUUCAGGAGGCUGUGGAUGGAUUUGCUCAGGCUGCAGACAGUGAGUUUGGUUGCCUCCUUGUUCACGGGCGAAUAGCGGCAGCCACUGAGAAGUGGUGGCGUUUGGCACCGCAGGAAGUAGUGCUGCUCUCUGUGCUGAUGCGGUCCCUCUCAGCCUCUGGAUCAGCAUCUUGUGAUUACCCAGUUUUCCUUCCUCACGGCAGCCCCACUGUUGCCCAUCGCCUCCUCCGUUUCCAUCUGCUUCCUGGUGCAGAUGUAUGUGUGCUGUGUGGUCCCACUCCUUCUCUCCACAGAGCUGAAAGUGGACUGGUGGGUCGUUUUUGGUCACCACUGGUGGAGACUCUGAGAGACUGCCUGGCUGUUGGAGAACGCUGCUUACCUGCAUCUAUAUCUCUGCGCCCUGACAUGCUGGCACUUCUUCUCAUCAAUCGUGAAACACGUCGGUCAGUCUCCUGUGUGCGGGCUCCCACCAAUCAUCCGCUCAGCGGCCCUCCUCUACUUUCCAAGGCCCGCUGCUGGGAGCUGCUGAAGCUCUUCUACAGCUUCAGCAUGACACGCUACUUCAGCCAGGAAGAGACACUGUGUGUCUCCCCGGAGGAGAGGACUCAGAAAGGCAACACUGAAGACUUUGUUCUUGGAUUCACACACCAACCACUACAGUGUUACCUAGUUACAGAGGAGUGCAAAAGCUUUGGACUUCAGACCGCACAGCACCAGCUCUUCCUGGUUACGCCACCAUCAGUCCCCACCUUUGCACUGCGAACAGCAGCCACACAGACCCUCUCUGAUAUCGUCACAGCCACUGGGUUUUAAGUGUUUACUUUGCUAUAACAUCUCAGUCUAGGUUAACCUACUAAUCUACCACAUUUGACCCUGUAAUAAAUCCUCCAACAAGCUCUUCACUUGUGAAGUGAAUACACGCCUGCUGACAAUUCCAAAUAUGUAAAAUUGCACAUUGAAAAACUGAUCUACUAUCGAGAGAUACCAUUUCCAUCCGUUCAUCUUCAUGGAGAUUAAAAGUCCACUCAUAAAAGAAGUUCAAUAAACUGAUAUAUCACUGUUAAUAUCACCAGGCAUUUAACUUGAGCGCCACUGCUUCUUUCAUGAGAUACAUUUCUUUCACUUUUGAUUUGCUUGUUCGAGACGAGACACUAUUUAAUUUAUUUUCACUGAAUUACAGGCUGUUUCACAGUCGGAGAAAGGAGAAAAAAGAAACGUGCCUGCUGUUUUGUUUUGAAUGGUGUCACAACAUUUAUGAUCCUACGUAGCGAUGUACGAUAUUGGCCUUUUUGCCAAAUAUUCUAUACCUUCUGCAGUGAAAUUCAUAAAUUUGCAGCAGAUACAUUUCUCUAUUGUGUGAAAUAAAUUAAGAUAAACAAAUUAAUUGUUGGAGAGGGCGCCAGCAUACAGGUGUUUCAGUCGUAAGACUUGUCACGUUUGUCGGUUUUAAAGCCAAUAACGGCCGAUAAUAAUGUGCAUCCCUAAUCCUAAAAUAUGUGUUACUUUCUAUGGGUUUUUGUGUGUCUACUGAUAAUGUGACAGUGAUAAAGUUUGCACUUUACUGGCUCAAUUUUUCUUUGCAAAUAAGAUGAAUAAACCACUUUAACAACUAAGCAGAAAUUAAUGUCUGCUUAGUUGUUAUAUAUUUAUACUGAAACAGCAUCUGCUAGAACUGAAUGAAUACACCUUGUAUUUAUUGCUGUGUUUUGAUUUGUUUAUAUCUCUGCUGUUAUUUUCAAGGAAUCCU